AUGCAGGGCCUCCUCCUCUCCCUCGGCCUUCUGGCCUCCAGCGCCGUCAGCUUUGUUGCUGCUGCCGACCUCAAGAUCGAUGUCACUCAAGAGGUCGAGUGCGAUCGCAAGUCUAAGAAUGGCGACAAGCUCACCAUGCACUACCGCGGCACCCUGCAGUCCAACGGACAGCAGUUUGAUGCUAGCUAUGACCGGGGAACCCCCUUCAGCUUCAAGAUUGGCAGCGGCCAGGUCAUCAAAGGAUGGGAGCAGGGUCUGUUGGACAUGUGCAUUGGCGAGAAGAGAUCGUCUGUGAUAGUCUUUGAGACCGAACUCCUCGGCAUUGACGGCGUCCCCAAGCCCGAGAAGAUCGUUAUCAAGGCCUCCAAGGCUGCCAGCGAGGCCGUCGAGUCCGCCACCGAGGGCGUCGCCGAGAAGGUCGCCAGCAAGGUCGCCGAGGCUGCCGAAGUCGUCAAGACCAUUGUUGCCGACUCCGACUCUGACGCCCAGGAGCACAACGAGCUCUAA